UGUCACUAUAUAACUCGCCCAAUUAUAUUAUCUGCUCUCUUCUCCCUCCCUUCUUGUGAGUGAUUAAAUUAAUGAAAAUGGAAAGCUACAAAGAUAUAAAAAUGGAAGAUCAUCAUCCAACGUAUUUCUUUGAUAAUAAUAAUAAUCACUCAUUUACAGGGUUAAUCUCAGAUUACAACAUAAAUACAUCGUCUUUGGGGUUCAUGGAGUUGUUGGGUUUUCAAGACUUUUGUUCAUCAGCUUCCGUCUUUGAGUUACCAAAAGAAGAAAACUCAUGUCCUGCUGUUUAUUCUGUAUCUGAAGAAGAAGAAGUAAAGCCAUCAUUUGCAAGUGAAAGCCAAAAUCAUGUUACAAGUAAUACUGUAACUGCAGGUAAUGUAUUGAAUACGCCAUCUACACCAAAUUGUUCAUCCAUUUCCUCUGAGGGACAGGGGGAUGCACCAGAGGGGGAAGUAGAGAAUCAUGACCAACAAAACACAAAGACUAAACAACAGUUGAAAACGAAGAAAACAGUUAAUCAGAAGAAGCAGAAAGAGCCGAGAUUUGCAUUCAUGACAAAGAGUGAGGUUGAUUUUUUAGAAGAUGGUUACAGAUGGAGAAAAUACGGUCAAAAAGCUGUCAAAAACAGCCCUUUCCCCAGGAACUAUUACCGCUGCACAAAUGCAACAUGUAAUGUAAAGAAAAGAGUAGAGCGAUGUUUCAGUGACCCAAGCAUAGUGGUGACUACCUAUGAAGGAAAACAUACUCAUCUAAGUCCCAUGAAUACGAUGAUGCACCGUCCUAGCUGCUAUCCAAUAAAUCCAGUACUCCCUUCACCUCCCGCCUUUUCUCUGCCAAUGCAGUUCAACAUUAAUCAGUCCUUCAACGACUUGACAAGUCCUAAUUUAGCCAUGAAUAAUCAGCUUGAUCAUGCUGCUUUUGUUGCACAAGGAAGGGGCUUAUGCAGUAGUACCGAAAUGCUGGGAGACCAGGGUCUUGAUCUUCAGGAUCUUAUGCCUUCCGCGGUGCUAAAACAAGACUACAACAGAUGAUCAAUGAUGUAUAUAGAGGAUAUAUAUAAUUAGCUAGUGUACUCGUACUUUUCGUAUUUCUAAUAUAUAUAUAUAUUCAUAUCGGAAAUCUGAAGGGGAGCCUUGGAGUAACUGGUAAAGUUGCUGCCAUGUGACCAGGAGGCCACGGGUUCAAGCCUUGGAAACAGCCUCUGGCAGAAAUGCAAGGUAAGGCUGCGUACAACAGACCCUUGUGGUCGGGCCCUUCCCCGGACCCUGCGCAUAGCGGGAGCUUAAGUGCACCGGGCUGCCCUUUUAUUCAUAUCGGAAAUCUCAUGACUCUUAACAAUGACAUUUUCUGAUCCUCUACUAUAUAUGCAUGUGUAUACUUUUCUGCUCUGUCGUCCCUCCAUUUCACUUUGUUUGGUAACUGUUUAAUUCCUUAUUGUUCCAUUCUAAAAAAACGAAAUAUUUCUAUGUU